UUUUCCCCGGGCCGGGCGAUGCCUUACUGCGCAGGCGCCAGACCCAGACAAUGAAAGGGGGCUUUGAGGAGGGUCUCAGCCACACGCUCGCCCGGCCGCCCACUGCGCAGGCGUGCCCUCCAGACCCGCUGCUGGAACAAUGAAGAGCUGCCUGGCUGGAGUAGGACCGCAACCAACCCGGACUACGAUUCCCAGCGGGCAGCGCGCCAACUCCACGCGGAGGGCGGGGCGCUGGGCAUUCUAGGAGUUGUAGUGUCCGCCGCCUUCACAAUCUGGCUGUUUGGAAGAUUUUCUGCUUCAUUUUCUAGAGAAAAACGAUUUUGACAGACAUCCUAACUUAUACAGAGUUUACAGUGAAUCCCUGAGCGGGCUUAGAGAUCAACUCCACAACGACCCAUUUUGGAGGGGCCUUCACCGGGCCCCUUCUGUCAGCGGGUCGAUCCAGGUGGCUGGAGGAUGGCAGGAGAGCAGAACUAAUCCAAGCUGGGCAGAGGGAAAGGGCGCGGCCUGCCAGUCCGUCUCUUGGCAACCGUCUCAGGCCGCUAAACUGCCUGAGUGGCGCCCUGAGCGCAUAGCCCUCUGGGAAUCGUAGUGUUGCUGGAAGGCUCAUAGGACUCUCGAAGUAGCAAGCUUUCAGCCUGCGAACUACAACUCCCGAAGAUCACCAUGAGGGCCAGGGAGUAGGAAGAGCCCCCAGGAGAUCGGUCCAGGGUUCCUGGCUCCCUAGUGACAGCCGCGACAGGAAGCAGGCAGGCAUCCCCCAACCCCCAGCGCUAGGCCUGUCCUCGGAGGGGUGCACUGGACACUUUCCCGCAUAACUCCCAUCUCUGACCCCAUGGCGAAAUCCCCAGGGAACUCUACCCUGGAGGACAGUCUGGGGCAAUACCAACGGAGUCUCCGGGAACGUGCCAAUAGAAGCAUUCACCAACUGAAAUGUGCCCUGAGAGAUGUUGAUGUCACUGUGGAAGAAGGUGCACUAGAUCCUUCCGCCAGCAUCAACGUCGAAAAUGAGGACACAGAAAUGGCCUGGCAUGAACUGCAGCACAGCCAUGCUGUCAGUCAACUCAAAGCUUUGUUGCGCCAACAAGCAAGUAAGGACAAUGAAAUAUCUCCACCACGAAGACGAAAGAUGUCCCCUUUGCGGCCAUCAGAAUGUGAGGACAAUAGCACGCCUACUGUCUACAACCUUGUUCCCAUCAUUAAUGACCAGUCUCAGUACAUUCAUCAUUUAGAAGCAGAAGUUAAGUUCUGCAAGGAUGAAUUAUCUGGAAUGAAAAAUAGGGUACAGGUAGUUGUACUUGAGAAUGAAAGGCUCCAGCAAGAACUGAAAUCUCAAAGACAGGAGGAGACACUGAGGGAGCAGACACUUCUGGAUGCAUCUGGAAACAUUCAGGAUUCUUGGAUUAAGACAGGAGAAGAUUCUAGGGUGGAUGAAGCUGCGAAGAGACCAUUUUCUCAUGGUGAUGCUGAAUCUGGCAAAACUACAUCCACUGGUGAUGCUGAAAAAUGGAAGCUAGAGCUGGUGAGUGUGGGGUGCAGUUUGUGGUUUGUUUGUUUGUUUUUUUUGCAUCUCUUUUUAGUAUCUUGAGUUAUAUCUAGAAGU